CAAUUGGCUCCCACUACAAUCCACUCCGUCCAGCACCACGCUUCCAGGCUAUUUGUGAGGAGACGACUCCUGAUCAGAUCAUCUUCACCAACACAACGACGAUUUCCCUCGCAGCCGUCUUCGCGCCCGACUCUGGGCACUCUGACUACCUGCACAUGACCCUUGGCUUAUUGUCGCUCCCGAGUGAGCUUCUCCACCUUAUCGUGAAGUUUCUCGACCGCUACAAAGACAUCAGCGCCCUUUGCCGUGCGCACCGCUCACUUCACCCGUAUCUCUACCAACACGACGCCCGCUAUGGCGGUGCUUACGCGUUAUUCUACGGCGCCCUAACUGACAACGAAGCCAUAAUCACCACGUCGCUCAGGAAUGGAGCAGGGGUUAACACGCUGCUGGCGGAACCUGUCUAUGCUAAGCUCAGACAAAGACUCGGGGAGAACAACAAAUUCUUCUAUGCCAUGCGGGGUUCGGGGAAAUAUACGGCGCUCAUCUGCGCUGUCAUCUGCAACCACUACGACGCUGCCAAGCUGCUGCUCGACAAUGACUCGUCAGUCGACUGCUAUAUCAACAAGCGCCAUAGUACACCACUGCACCUCGCUGCCAGGUUUGGCCACGCCUCCAUCGUCGAGCUGCUGCUUAGAUCUAGUCAGUGUGACUACAGCACAUUCUUAAAUGGCGAGGUCUCUGGGUAUUGCACUCCGCUAUACUUCGCAAUUAGCGAACUCAACGUCGGUGCUUGCAGAGCCCUCCUCGAGCAUGGCGCAGUAGCCGAGCUCCAGCGUGGAGGGCACGAAGACGACUCUUGGAGAUUGAUGCUCGACUGCAUUGCAGUCGCCGACGAUGCCUCAUUUCAGGGCCUCGUCGAGCUAUUAGGCAAAUACCAGGACUGGGAAACAUCACGAGUAUCACCGCAGGCACUGCUCUGCGCAGCGGCGAGAAAAGGCAACCUCGAAAAAGUCCGUUGGCUUCUUGACCAGGGUUUGGUGAGGGUCGACAACCAGGAAGGGCAUGUUGGACACAAUUCGGAAGUGUCGACCCUGCUAAUCGAAGUGGCCUUCACGGACAAAGUCGAGGUGAUGCGCUAUCUGCUCGAGGCCGGCGCGGACGCGAGGAAGCAGCGUGAGGACGGCUGGACAGCACUUAUGGAAGCUGCUGAAAUGCACAAUCGCCGCACGGUUGUACUCUUGCUGCAGUGGGACCGCGGGCUGAUCAACAUGACAACAGAAAAUGACGAGACUGCACUGCAUGUCGCAUUGGGUAGCAGAUGGCGGACAAACAGUGGUUCUUUCAUGGCCGUCAUUAAGGCUAUGAUUGAGCACGGCGCCGAUCUUGAGCUUCAAACCUCCCAAGGCCUUACUCCACUGCUGACUCUGCUGCAACGGCCGCAUUCAAAAACCGAAUGCCAGCUACUUAGAUAUCUACUCGAUGCUAAUGCUGAUGCGACGGCAAAGUGUAAUAGAGGCGAGACCGCUCUGUAUUAUGCUGAUUCGGUCGAGUGUUCGUCCUGUGCUGAACUUCUGUCGUCAGCCAUCAAGCAAAGGUCUCGGGAGCUCAAGGCAGAUAGCGUGACUGGUGUUUGACAUCAGGAUAGACUCCACGGAAAGCUCCCUCGUGAAGCAAUCGCGGCAGCUUUGGCCUGGGAGGAAUUUCGCGGCCGGGGCAACUGGCUUGCUCCCCUAAUUAGCCAGACAUCACAGAACGAGUUAUGCAGGUGGUCGGUUCUCGCUGAACACGUUCAAUUCCAUGAGACGAUAUUUCCGUACCUCACACACCAGGUGACGGCCGGGUUUUGUGCUGCUUUAUGGCGGGCUUGCCGGUCUCUGCUUGCCUGCAGACCAUAUCACUGCCGGUCCACGUUGAUUGAUAUGAAUGAACAACAAGACCAGACCCAAAUGACU